CUGCUCAAACAUUUACUUCACAAUAAUUUCGCCCCUUAAAACAUAAACUACAGAAAAACUGAAAGUUGAAAUUAAAUAAAAGUAAAUUUAAAUGAUUUUAAAAUUACAAAAUUGAACUAUGACACUGUACUCAGUACACUUAAAUGGCAACACCGCAAACUUGCUCCGUCCUUUUCCAAUCCCCCGUAACAGACAAAGAAAGCGUUACAUAACAGACACCACCGUACAUAACCUCGUUUGCGAUGCAAAUGUCAAAAGUGACUUUACAAUUUAUAAUAUAAAAUAGUGAUUCAAAUCAUAGUCGCAACCUUAUUGUUGCAACAAACGGAUCAUCGAUGUGAUGAAGUGACCAUUAGUAACAACAACAACAACAAUCAAAACCUUGUUAACAAUAGACGGCGAAGAUGAUCAAGAACACGACGUACUGCCCGCCCGGCGUGCACAUUUGGGACUUCUGGGUGGACCAUGGGACCUCACAGUGUUUCAUGGACACAAUAUCCAGUUCACUUGUGGCCGGUUUCAUAUUGAUAGCUGGCUCGAUACAGCUGGGAAUAUACAGGAGAUACGGCACGGAAGUGUCCCCCAAUCAUUUGACCAGUAACAAGUUGUACAUGUUGCAGAUUUUUAUCACUUUGUUCCUACCCAUUUUGGAGAUUACCCGGUUCAUUUUGCAGGCCACUGUUUUCAAUGACAGGACUAUUUAUGGAUAUAUGGUUCUGUCCCUGAUCCUGCGCAUCAUCGCCUACCCAUUUUCACUGUGGGUCCUGCAGGUGGAACGUAAGUUCCUCCUGCCCUCGGUACCGACACGAGGCCACGGCAUCGUCCUGCUCCUAUUCUGGACGCUGACGUUCGUGCUGGAGAACUUAGCGUUCCUGAAUCUCGGUCAAAAGCAAUGGUGGUUCCAGCUCAAGGACCUUACAGAUCAGCUGGAGAUGACGCUGUUCGUACUACGGUACUGCUGUUGCCUGCUGAUGUUCCUGCUGGGUUUGAAAGCGCCGGGCAUAAUGCAGAACGUCGACUACUUCAGCCUCAACGAUCCCGGCCGGAGGGUCAACACACAGGACAACGUGGACACGCAGUCGACAUGGAAGAACGCUUACAAGAAGAUCAAGACGUUGGCGCCGUUCCUGUGGCCGAAGAGGGACUGUUGCCUGCAGUUCAGGGUGCUGUUCUGUUUUAUCCUGUUGGGUGCGGGGCGUGUGGUCAACUUGUACGUCCCCAUUUACAACAAACUCAUAGUGGACAGUAUGACACCUGAUGAAAAGGUGGAAGGUGAAAAGUUAGAAUGGAGAUGGGACUGGAUUGCCAUUUAUGUAGGCUUUAAGUUCCUGCAAGGAGGAGGAACCGGAGGAAUGGGAUUUCUCAAUAAUCUGAGGAACUUUCUUUGGAUUAGGAUACAACAGUACACCACGAGAGAAGUCGAGGUGGAACUCUUCAGACAUUUACACAGUUUAUCUCUCCGUUGGCAUCUUCAACGAAAAACCGGCGAGGUCCUGCGAGUAAUGGAUCGUGGUACCGACAGUAUCAACAAACUCCUAAACUACAUCCUGUUUUCAAUCGCACCCACAAUAAUUGAUAUAAUCGUAGCCGUCAUCUUCUUCAUCACCGCCUUCAACAUGUGGUUCGGACUUAUCGUCUUCAUCACCAUGUUACUCUACAUCAUUGCCACCAUAACGGUGACCGAGUGGAGGACGAAGUUCCAACGUCGCAUGAACUUGGCCGACAACGAGACCCGAGCCAGAAGCGUCGACUCCCUCCUAAACUUCGAGACCGUGAAGUACUACGGAGCGGAGAAGUACGAGGUGAACUCGUUCAAGGACGCCAUCCUGCACUUCCAAGGCGAAGAGUACAAGUCUAUCCUGACGCAGAACAUCCUGAACUCCAUACAGAAUUUCAUAAUCUGCGGCGGCUUGUUGGUGGGCAGCUUGCUGUGCGUCUAUUUGGUGGUCGAAAAGAAUGAACUGAAAGCCGGCGACUACGUACUGUUCGCCACCUACAUCGUGCAGCUGUACGUGCCGCUUAACUGGUUCGGCACCUACUACAGGCAGAUACAGAAGAACUUCGUGGACAUGGAGAACAUGUUCGACCUCCUUAAGGAGCCGCAGGAGAUCAUCGACGCCCCAGGUGCCGGGGAUAUUGUGAUGAAGCGCGGGGCUAUAGAGUUCAACAACGUGUCCUUCGGCUACGUGCCGGAGAAGCUGGUGCUCAAGAACGUGACGUUCUCCGUGCCCGCCGGUAAAACGGUAGCUUUGGUGGGCCCUUCAGGAAGCGGCAAGAGCACCAUUGUAAGGCUGUUGUUCCGGUUUUACGACGUGGAAACCGGGGCCAUUAUAAUAGACGGGCAGAACAUCAAAACUAUCACCCAGGAAUCCUUGAGGAACGCCAUCGGAGUGGUGCCGCAGGACACGGUGUUGUUCAACAACACCAUCAUGUACAACAUCAAGUACGGAAGGCUGACGGCUCAGGAUUCGGAGGUGAUAGAGGCAGCUAGGGCCGCCGAUAUUCACGAUAGGAUCGUGAGGUUCCCCGAGGGUUACGACACGAAGGUCGGCGAAAGGGGGCUGAGGCUGAGCGGUGGCGAGAAGCAGAGGGUUGCUAUUGCCAGGACGUUGCUGAAGGCGCCGCAGAUCGUGCUGCUGGACGAGGCCACCAGCGCCCUGGACACUCAGACUGAACGUAACAUACAAGAAUCUUUGAAUAAGAUGUGUGCUAACAGGACGACAGUAAUAGUGGCACAUAGAUUAUCGACGAUUAUCCAUGCUGAUGAGAUUUUGGUACUGAGGGACGGUGAGAUUGUGGAACGUGGAAGACACGAACAUUUAAUUGGACAGGAAGGCGUUUAUUCGAAUAUGUGGAAGCAACAGUUGGACAGCACUGAGAAACAUUCAGUGGAAAACAGCGUUGAAAAAUCGGAAAGUACGAGUGAAAGUUAAUGUAUUGGAACUGCAGGACAAGAUAUCAAAUUAAUUUUUGUACAUAUUAUAUUAUAGGAUAGUGAUUAUGUAAUUUCUUUGGGUCUUACAUAUUUUAAAUGAAAAUUAUACGAUAUUGUUAUCGAAGAUUGUUGUUUAAGUUAUUUUUACAUUAUACUUAAUUAUUUA